AUGUCGAGCACCGGCGAUAACCCAUAUGAUGCAACUAGCAUUGCUCCUCGAGGCGGUGUUCAAGUGGAGCUUAACUUUUAUGAGCCGCCUGCAGAUGGGUCCCAGCCAUUUCAGUAUGCCGGGGAUCCACCAGAGGGUGUUCCAGCAUUGAACUAUGGGCAACCAGCGCUCCAAGUUCAACUACAUGACAUUCGCGGAAAUGAGAGCGAGUAUAACCUUGACAAAGAUGCCUUUCAAGCCCUCUUUAACGUGCUAUCAAAUACCCCAUACGAAACAUUUCUCUCUGACGAAGCCGUAAAACGCGACUUCUACACCGAGGUCGAACGGCUCCUACUCGAACAUAUCCCUGGAGUCCACCGGGUCAUUAUCUUCGACCACGUCAUCCGCAUGGAACACAAAGACAGAGACAAUACAGCCAGCAAGCCGCUGCAUACAGCCCAUGCAGAUCAGACGGCGCGAGCAGCCGCUGCCCGCGUGCGACUGUCUGUUCCCGACCCGGAAGAAGCCGAGAGCUUGUUCCGUGGACGCUAUCGCAUCGUCAACGUCUGGAAGCCACUGAAGGGGCCUGUGCAAUCUUGUCCGCUGGCGUUUGCGAGCGGGUCUUCAGUUAAGCCCGGGGAGUUGGUUCCUAUUGAGUUCCGGUUGCCGCAUCGCACGGGCGAGAUCGUUGGGGUGGCAUUUAGUCCGAGCCAGAGGUGGAUGUACUGGUCUGGAAUGCAGACGAAUGAGUGUUUGCUGUUGAAGUGUAAUGAUUCAAAUGAGGACGUGGCGAUGCAGGUGCCUCAUUCUGCGUUUGAUGAUCCGAGGACUCCGGUUGGGGCUUCGGGGAGGGAGAUUUACGAGGCAAUUGAAACCGACGUUGAUAAUGCAGUCGCUGCAGCGAAAUCCGCCUCUGCUACCUGGAAAAAGCUAAGUCCGGGCGAACGAGGAGUCUGCCUCCGCAGUUUCGCCGACCUCAUCGAAGAAUCUCAAGAGGAGCUGAAAACUAUCGAGGCUAUUGCUUCGGGAAAGCCGGUAAGCCAGUUCUUCGAGGCCCAGGCCGCGGCAUCAUUCUUCCGAUAUUUCGCCGAGGCAGGAUGGAAUGCCCAAGGAACAGCGAGCCUUAAUACUCCUGAUCAUGUCAAUGUUUCCGUAAAGCAGCCAUUCGGAGUCGUGGCUUGCAUCACACCUUGGAAUCUCCCGAUCCUUCUGUUUGCAUACAAGGUGGCGCCGGCGCUGGCGGCAGGGAAUACAGUCGUGCACAAGAGUAGUGAGAAGGCUCCACUAUCAGCGUUAUAUUUAGCUACCCUGGUAGAUAAAGCAGGAUUUCCGCCUGGCGUAUUGAACAUGAUAUCGGGAUUUGGAACGCCGGCCGGCAGUGCCCUGGCGUCACAUAUGGAUGUGCGCUGUUUAAGCUUCACUGGGUCUUCUCUCACAGGACAAAAAAUUCAAAUGGCAGCGGCGAGUUCCAACAUGAAACACCUGCACUUAGAGCUCGGGGGCAAGUCACCGGCAUUGAUAUUUCACGAUGCAGAUCUCCAAGCCGCGGCGGAGCAAACGGCAGCAAGUUUGACAUUUCAGAGCGGGCAGACCUGUAUAGCAAAUUCUCGGAUCUACGUCGAAGACUCCCUUGGGGAGGAGUUCAUUGCCUUGUUCAAGGAGGCCUUCACUUCUUCUCGGAUGGGCAACCCGCUUGACGGCGAUACCUCGCAAGGGCCUCAGAUCGAUUCUACCCAACGAGAUCGAAUCGAAUCAUACAUUAAUAUCGGGAGUCGAGAUGGCAUGUUUAUAUCUGGCGGAAAUGUUGGGCCUGGACUUUUUGUCCAGCCGACCAUCUUCGAGAAUGUUCCCGAAAGCUCUCCACUGAUGCAGGAGGAAGUCUUUGGUCCAGUGGUCGUGAUUAACCGCUUCAAGUCCGAGACCGAAGCGAUUUCACGUGCUAAUCAAAAUGAACUUGGUCUUUACUCGUCAGUAUUUACUAGGGAUAUCGAUAGGGCAAUGCGUGUUGCGAGGCAGCUGGACGCUGGGACGGUGGCGAUCAAUUGUACCAGUCCAACAUUGGCCUCGGAUAUGCCAUUUGGUGGCUGGAAGAGAAGUGGACUUGGUCGAGAAGGAUACAUGGAUAGCCUGGAAAGUUUCCUCGAGACAAAAACAAUUCUCAUGCGUGUUAAUUCCUAG